AUGUCUUCGUCAAAAGCCACUUACAGCCAUUUCACAAAGAGGGGUGCGAACCCGGGCGGCGGCAGAGCCGGCGGCAGAAACAUGAACACGAAUAAGGAUUAUUCUGUCAAUCUAUCCGUGCAGCAAGUGCUGAGCCUCUGGGUGCAAGGCACGACGCUGCAACAUUUCACAGGUAGGCUAUGUACUGUAUGUCACAUUAUUACUGUACAGUUACACACAUGUCGUGCACUUGGCAUUGUUUCAACCGGUGUGUGUAGGAUCUGGCUCGGUUCACCCAAUUGCCGGUGUUGUAGACUACACACAGGGCUGGCCGUUAUCUACUAACUUACUGUACUGUUGGAUAGAAUGGGGUGACAUGGGCAGCUGUGCGCGUCCAUUUUUAAAGGGAGAGUAUACACGGUAUGAAAUAUCCACCGGGCAGCGGUAACUGCCCCGAAGUGUUUAUUCUGUCGGUGUCCAUACUGUAGCCUACCGGUACCUUACUUUUUAAGAGGCAUUCGCCUCUCAAUGCCUUGGUGUCAGUUGAAUAACAUCGGACAAUGUGUUACGGAAAUUAAAUGAUAAAUACAAAUAUAAUUUCACUCCCUUGUCCAAUGCUGCCGCGCUUGGAGUCAUCGAAUGAAUAACAAGUAUAUUCUACCGGUUGAUGCAUUUUUAUGCUGCGUGAAUGCACUUGGCACUGUGAAAUGUAGUGUUGUCAUUUCUGUUGCAGCCACACAGCCCCCUUCCUUUGUCUUGUGGUCGAGUAAUCACAGGUAAUUAGUGUCAUCCUCUCCAACUCCUUGAUAGGCAGUCUGGGGUGUUCUAGGGAGAUAUGGCACAUCGAUCCACGCCUUACAUUUACAGUGUGUGUAUGUGGUGUGUUUGUGUAAAAUGAGGCCUAGAUGCUGUAUUGUAGACUACUGUGACUAUUCUGCACAGCAGUGGGUAACUUCUAAAUUACUGUUAAGUAUUUGUUGAGAUGUAAACAAUCAUGAGUGACAGUGUCACAGAAGAUGUAUAAACGCCUGACUAACCAGUCAAUACAAUUAGGUUUCAAUGCUCUCUCGCUCGCUCUCUCUCCCUCCCUCUUUUUCUGUCUGUCGGCCUGUCCAUCUGUCUCUCUCUCUCUAUCCUCUCCCCCCCUUUCUCAAAAACGCUUUUACAAGGCUUUAUUUAUUUACAUAAUGAGAUAUGAUAUGAGCAUGCUAGUACAUUGGUCAUUGUAUUUGUGAUAUUAUUUUUGAAUGAGUGGAAAUGCUAAAGUGGUAAGAGAAUACAAUAACCUAAGAAUACAAUAACCUAAGAAUGAAUUGGGCAAUGGAACAACAGACAUUACAAUGUCAUAAUAACAAGACCUCUCUUGACUGGAAUUCCUUUUUGCCUUGCAAAGAGAAAGAUGGACAUACUAUAAAUGGGCAUCAAAGCUGGCAUGGAGAUUUUCUGAGAGCAAGCCCAAGUGGACAUCCUGGGCAGAGAAACAUGAAGAAAAACAAGACAUGCUAUGCGUCCCAAAUGGCACCCUAUUUGGGACACAACCAUGAUUCAGCAGGGAAGUGACUCACAUGCACAAGUAUUGCAGAAGUAAAGUUCCUGUGGUGGUGAGACAAGAGUAAACCAAGGAGUGACAUCCACUAUCUGGCAGCAGGACUUACAGAACUGCCAUACAAUCCUCAAAACCAGUCAUGAAAAACAAGUUAGAAUUAAGUUAGUUGAAGCUCAGAGAAGUUAUGAAGGCCAUAAGCAAGUUCAAUGUGGACUCAUACAGUGGCCAUAAACUCUACAUGUUAUGACAGACAACUCCUUUAAACUUUUACAGUAUCUCUCACAGACUCCUCUGGCAGAGUACUUUAACAAAUUGUAUUUCCUGUGUACAGCCAUAUCAGCAGUUUCACUUCUCAUUUCCCUCUUUAUUCUCAGUCAAGCACAAAAACAUUCUACUGUUUUUCAGUUUUGAAUCGACAGGUUGAUGUAAUAACAUUGCAUGCACCCAGCAAAGAGAUUUGCCAUUGUCUUUGUACAAUGUGAUUAUUGAUGUGCUCAGAUGGAUUACUGCUGAUUAGUGGUGGCACCAUUUAAGAACAUUUGAAUCAGUCUUUUCAUGCUUUAUUCUCUUGAAUUGUUCACACUUCUGUCACCUGUUAUUGCCGUGUUAUUCCAUCCGAUUAGCAUCUUAUUACAUGUUAUUACAGUACUCAAUGAAAACUUUGAAGUGUUUUUCACAGUACUGUAUUGUUGCUGUUCUCUGUCAUAGGGAACAAUCUCUCAAAGCCUGACUAGGCUGUAGCAGUGACCAUGGCAUUACUCUCCAGAAGUAUGGGCCCUGGUCAAAAGAAGGGCCCUGGUCAAAAGUAGUUCACUAAAUAGGGUGCCAUUUGGGACACAACCAAUGCCUGGCAGUGCCUUUGUAGACUCUAUGGGCCAAACGUUUGACCACUUAUCAGUGGAAUGGGAACAUAAUGCCUUUCUCUUUCAUGUUUUGUGUUAGCAUGCGAGGCCAGCUGGCCCCCACUGUGUGUUGUGAAAGCUGCUGAUGGAGGCCCCCAGGUUCUUGCAAGGGGAUUAGCAGCAUAACAAACAUUAAUAAUACAACAGUCUUCUGACUGAGGGGUUGGGUUGAGGUUGGGGUUGCAUGCCUGAAGAUGACACAGCACUUGUACUACACUCCAGAAUACAGAUGACCUCAACUCCACCCCCCCACCCCACCCCCACCCCCUCAUACACAUACAGUAUGCAGGCACACACACACACACACACACACACACAGUAUAAACGGUGCCAUGCAGAGAGUGGUGCCGCUGAGGGAUCUGUGUUCCAGUGGCGUGACAGAGCAGAGGUGUGUGGUGUGGCCCUAUGCCCCACAAAUCCAGCCAGGCUUAGGGUUGGGCGGCAGCUGCUUGCUAGCGACAUAUCUGGGCCUGUGUGGAAUCUUAAUGGAGUUGGCUGGCGGCAGCGUGCCUCUCUGGCCCAAGUCUGGCCCCUCUCUAUCCAUCCAUCCAUCUCUCUCUCUCUCUCUCUCUCUCUCUCUCUCUCUCUCUCUCUCUCUCUCUCUCUCUCUCUCUCUCUCUCUCUCUCUCUCUCUCUCUCUCUCUCUCUCUCUCUCUCUCUCUCUCUCUACCUCUGUAUCUCUUUACAUCACCCUCCCUUUCUUCCUUGGCUGGCGUGCAUCUCCAGUCUGGCCCCAAUUACUCACUCACUCACACACACACACACACACACUCUUUCCCUAUACCAUCCAUCCAUCAUCCUCUCUCUGCCACUCUCUGCCACUCUCUCUCUCUCCACUCUCUCUGUCCCUCUCUCGAUACAUCCCUCUCCCUCUCUUUACAGUAUCUCGUCCCAUCCCCUAACAUCUCACUCCACUGCCAGAUGGGAGGUGACCACAGAUAGGGUCUGUAUUGUAACUCAUCACAGCCACUGUGCUGACUGAGCUGGCCGUGUGUUCUGUUUAGACCAUGCAGGCUAGGCAGCACAAAAGGCCUUGUGUCACCCCCGUAACGUCUCUCUCUCUCCAUGCCAAGCAUGACAGCUGACGGCCUGAUCGAUACAGGAGGAGGUAGGAGGUAGUCACUCGGUGGAUUGUGGAACAAGGUUAAAUGGAUAUGCUAAAGAGUUUCUACUGAUUGAUACAUUACUUUGCAGAGGGGUUUAAAUUCCCAUCACAGCAGUAGCGUGGCAGAUGUUGACAUAUUAGACGGUACAUUCAAAUCAUUGGUACAUGUAUUGCAAGAAUGUGAUAACACAUCCAAAAUCAAAUCAAAGCAUUCCAAGCUUCCAUUCGCUCUUUCCCCUACUCACAAACAUCCAGUCGAAUCUUAUGUCCAACCCGCUUUGCCUCAGUGUCAGUGGAGCCAAUCUGGCCCCUCGCAAAGCUUGUCUCUCGGAGCCUGUGGCCCAGGAAAAAAGGAAUAGAGAGAGGAAUGAAGAGGAGAGGGAGAGAAUGUGAAUAGGGCUCUCUGCAGGACCCUCUAUGUGACUUCAUAAGAUUGGGUCCAUCCUCCCUAGUUUCUCCAAACGGGAUCUCUGUUUUCCUUACACAGGCCUGUCUUGGUCAUGUACUAGCAAUGCCAGGUAUGUGUUGGAAUUCCUAUGUUGAAACAUAGAGACAAAUCAUUCAUCGCUAGUGUCGGAAUGCCCGAUAUUUGUGGAGGAGCUCUUUCUGAAAUGGGAUAAUUAGACAGUAUGUACCAUAUAUGUACCAGUUUAAUCUCUUGUGACUAGUUCUGGGUGUCCGAGAGUAGUGUCAGUUUGGGGUUUUCAUUGAGGUAAUGUUGAGUCGUACAGUAGUUCCACUGAUGGGAGCGACACAGCAGGAGAAUGUUCGGGAUCCAAACAUUUGUCCAAAUUGUAUAUAAAAUUGAAUUAAAAAUGCUUAUUUAAGUGCUUUUAAAUCAUUAACUGAAUGGAUUUAAUACCCUUCAUAAACCUUCAAAAUGGGUACCUGGAUAUGAGAUGUUAAUGCUUAUUUAAGUGCUUUUAAAUCCUUCACUGAAUGGAUUAAAUACCCUUCAUAAACCUUCAAAAUGGGUACCUGGAUUUGAGAUGUUACCGCUUUAAUCUCUAACAGCAGACUAUGUCUGUGUAGGGUGUCAUUUGGGAUGCAUCCUGUUUGGUUGCAUAGUGUGAGUUUAUUACGGUGCUCGGCUGCCUUCUUGAUGGGCCCAGGCAAAAGGUGCCUGUAGAUUGAAAUCUGAUGUUUCCUGCUGCUGCUUUUUGCUUCUCUCUCUCAGAUAUCAUCCUGUACCUGUGUUUUCAAACAAACAGUUUUCUGUAGUUGCUUGUUUAGAGAUACGUCUAAAACCACAUCCUCAGUUCUAUCUUUAGAGUACGCAAAGGCCAUGUUCUCUGACACCUCGCAGUGGCUGUUACUUCGAAUGUGUCUAUUUUAACCAUAUGUGUCACGAUCGUUUACGAACGAGAAGGACCAAGGCGCAGCGUAAUAUGCAUUCAUAUUUAUUAACGACUAAACACACGACAAAACAACAAACGAAACGUGAAGUCCAAGGUAGCAUACAAACAACAUACCUUACACGGAACAAGAUCCCACAACUAACAGGUGUCAAAAGGCUGCCUAAGUAUGGUCCCCAAUCAGAGACAACGAGCUACAGCUGCCUCUGAUUGGGAACCACCCCGGCCAACAUAGAUCUGCACAUGCUAGAUCUAAAACAUAGAAAUCAAACAUAGCAACACACAACACGGAAAAUACACACCCUGACUCAACAAAUACAAGUCCUCAGAGUCAGGGCGUGACAAUAUGUUUUCCAUUCAGAGACAUGUAUGUACAGUACAAUUUCCACUUUAAAAUGUCAGACUUGAUUUGUCCUAACAAAAAAUGUCAAUUUACCCAAUGAGUUCCACCCUAACUCCGGUUAUACCAUUGGAUUUGUUGGGGCCAGGUAUUUUUUACAAAAACGUCUGUAGAGUACUAAUGGUUUGAACUACAAACGAAUAAAAGCUAUCUAUGAAAAGCUGAGACUCUCAGAAACAUGCACGUUUUACUCUAUGACGUUUACAAGCCACACAACAGUCAUUAAAAGAUAAGGGGUUCUUCUACAUCGAAGAUCAUAGCAAAUCCCAGGACAUAGUGUCUACAAUACUGUAAUAAGAUCACAUAGUUGAUGUCACAAUCUCCAAACUCCACACAGUUGUCACUGACUAGUUGGAUAUUCAUUUCCAAGUGAGCAAAUCAUUUCUGUACUUACAGCAUUCAUAUGAAUUCAUUUAUAUCAUGUUUUAGCUUUGGCGGACAUUGUUUUUUUUAUUGACAUUAAUCAAUAAAACUCAUGAAUGCAACUGUUUAUGUCAAAUUGUUUUGUGUUCUACUUCUAGCCCUGGUUGUCCUGAAAAUAAAAUGGUAAAACACUUAAUUGUGAGGCUAAAUAUAAGGGCUGGACAUGCAGAUAAAUGAAAGUCAGUUAAAUGAAAAGCUGAUUUUUGCUGGGGUCUCGGGAUUGAUAGGGUUAAUUACAAUCCAAUUUCAAUUCCUGUUGCUGCAGGAUUAUUUUCCUUCUGUAACAAACUAGCUCAAAUUAAGAUCCUACAUCUGUAUGUCAACAUUUCUGAGGUUGUUGGUAGGCCUACAGAGCUGUCUAACUAACCACUCUACUCGAUGCUUGUUGUUUGUUUCCCUGUGUAUAACCACUCGACUGCAUGUGUUCUUUCCUCUCCUCUUCUCAGAGAUGUGGUACUGGGUGUUCCUGUGGAGUCUGUUCUCCUCGCUCUUCGUCCACGGGGCGAUGGGCCUGCUCAUGGUAGUCAUGUUGCAGCGCCACAAGAGGGGUCGCCUCAUCACCCUGGUCCUGGUCAGUGUGGGCUUCCUGGCCUCCCUGGCCGGUGGGGUCAUCACCAGUGAGUCACCGCCUACUGUGUGUGUGUGUGUGUGUGUGGGGUGUGGGGUGUGGGGGGGGGGGGGGGGGGGGGGGGGGGACGGUCGGUGUGUGUCUGUCUGUUUAUCUCUCUGUCUGUAUUAUCUAUCUGUCUGUCUAUCUAUCUGUCUGUCUGUCUGUCUGUCUGUCUGUCCCAUUGUCCUCUCUACAAAUGCCCAACAUUUUUAUCCCAAAUAUCAUCCUCCCUCCUCUGAUAUAUAAUCUUCCAGUAUAUGAUAAGUAUAUCAGAGAGUGGGACAUAGUACUGUAUAUGUCUGUGUAAAUAGACCUGUCUGUGGUUGUGUCCCAAAUGUCACCUUAUUCCCUACAUAGUGCACCCAUAGGGCUCUGGUCAAAGCAGUGCACUGUUUAGGUAAUAGGGUGCCAUUCUGUGAGCUACGUAGGGUAUGACAGGACAGGAGCUGCUGAGGACAGGGCUGGAUGAAUCACACUCAAUCACAGAGAGGCAAGCCGAGCCCAAAAUAGACAGACCACUUUAUUAUUAAUGUGGAAGCUCGCCGAGAAAGAGAGCAGAUUAUUGACUGUGCAUUGCCCUGUGUGUACGCUAAAACAGCUAAGAGCUAGCACCGUCUAGCAGCAGCCAGCCAGCAACACUCUGCCAAGAGGGAGGGAAGGUGAGGUUAUUCACUGGUAGACUGGCAAAAGUCAGACGUCAACAACUUUGAGCCAGCUUAUAGGUUAUCACUCCCUUGUCUUUUCUUUACUGUGUUGACUUAAAUUAAGAUUUGUAUCUUGGUUUUGAGAUAAUAAUUUUUAAAAGUUGUACUCAGACAGUUGUACUUUUGAGACCUUCCAUGGCGAUAAUCAUAACGGCGUAUUGUGAGAGAGUGAUGCAUCCCAAAUGGCACCCUAAUCCCUACAUAGUGCACUAGUGCUCUAUGAAGGGAAUAGGGUGCCAUUUGGGAUGCAUCCAGAGUGGCAAGUAAACACAGUAUGUGGGCAGACACUCAAUCACACAUAUUAAUAUGGCCAGCUUUAAAAGGGCCAUCUUUUAACGGUAUUAAAUCUGUCCAUGCAGGAGGUUCUACAGAGACAACUUUAGAUUCCAGUAGGGAGCUAUGACGAUACGAGGAAGGAUGAGGAGAGAUCAUACACUGCACACACAUUAGGAACACCUUCCUAAUAUUGAGUUGAACCCCCUUUUGCCCUCAGAACAGCCUCAAUUCGUUGGGUCAUAGACUCUACAAGGUGUCAAAAGCCUUCCACAGGGAUGCUGGCCCAUGUUGACUCCAAUGCUUCCCACAGUUGUGUCAAGUUGGCUGGAUGUCCUUUGGGUGGUGGACCAUUCUUGAUACAAACGGGAAACUGUUGAGCGUGAAAAUCCCAGCAGCGUUGCAUUUCUUGACACACUCAAACCGGUGCACCUGGCACCUACAGUGAGGGAAAAAAGUAUUUGAUCCCCUGCUGAUUUUGUACGUUUUUCCACCGACAAAGAAAUGAUCAGUCUAUAAUUUUAAUGGUAGGUUUAUUUGAACAAUGAGAGACAGAAUAACAACAACAAAAUCCAGAAAAACGCAUGUAAAAAAUGUUAUAAAUUGAUUUGCAUUUUAAUGAGGGAAAUAAGUAUUUGACCCCCUCUCAAUCAGAAAGAUUUCUGGCUCCCAAGUGUCUUUUAUACAGGUAACGACCUGAGAUUAGGAGCACACUCUUAAAAGGAGUGCUCCUAAUGUCAGCUUGUUACCUGUAUAAAAGACACCUGUCCACAGAAGCAAUCAAUCAAUCAGAUUCCAAACUCUCCACCAUGGCCAAGACCAAAGAGCUCUCCAAGGAUGUCAGGGACAAGAUUGUAGACCUACACAAGGCUGGAAUGGGCUACAAGACCAUGCCAAGCAGUUUGGUGAGAAGGUGACAACAGUUGGUGCGAUUAUUCGCAAAUGGAAGAAACACAAAAUAACUGUCUAUCUCCCUCGGCCUGGGGCUCCAUGCAAGAUCUGACCUCGUGGAGUUGCAAUGAUCAUGAGAACGGUGAGGAAUCAGCCCAGAACUACACGGGAGGAUCUUGUCAAUGAUCUCAAGGCAGCUGGGACCAUAGUCACCAAGAAAACAAUUGGUAACACACUACGCCGUGAAGGACUGAAAUCCUGCAGCGCCCGCAAGGUCCCCCUGCUCAAGAAAGCACAUAUACAGGGCCGUCUGAAGUUUGCCAAUGAACAUCUGAAUGAUUCAGAGGAGCUGGGUGAAAGUGUUGUGGUCAGAUGAGACCACAAUCGAGCUCUUUGGCAUCAACUCAACUCGCCGUGUUUGGAGGAGGAGGAAUGCUGCCUAUGACCCCAAGAACACCAUCCCCACCAUCAAACAUGGAGGUGGAAACAUUAUGCUUUGGGGGUGUUUUUCUGCUAAGGGGACAGGACAACUUCACUGCAUCAAAGGGACGAUGGAUGGGGCCAUGUACCAUCAAAUCUUGGGUGAGAACCUCCUUCCCUCAGCCAGGGCAUUGAAAAUGGGUCGUGGAUGGGUAUUCCAGCAUGACAAUGACCCAAAACACACGGCCAAGGCAACAAAGGAGUGGCUCAAGAAGAAGCACAUUAAGGUCCUGGAGUGGCCUAGCCAGUCUCCAGACCUGAAUCCCAUAGAAAAUCUGUGGAGGGAGCUGAAGGUUCGAGUUGCCAAACGUCAGCCUCGAAACCUUAAUGACUUGGAGAAGAUCUGCAAAGAGGAGUGGGACAAAAUCCCUCCUGAGAUGUGUGCAAACCUGGUGGCCAACUACAAGAAACGUUUGACCUCUGUGAUUGCCAACAAGGGUUUUGCCACCAAGUACUAAGUCAUGUUUUGCAGAGGGGUCAAAUACUUAUUUCCCUCAUUAAAAUGCAAAUCAAUUUUUAACAUUUUUGACAUGCGUUUUUCUGGAUCUUUUUGUUGUUAUUCUGUCUCUCACUGUUCAAAUAAACCUACCAUUAAAAUUAUAGACUGAUCAUGUCUUUGUCAGUGGGCAAACGUACAAAAUCAGCAGGGGAUCAAAUACUUUUUUCCCUCACUGUACUACCAUACCCCGUUUAAAGGCACUCAAAUCUUUUGUCUUGCCAAUUCACCCUCUGAAUGGCAUACAUACACAAUCCAUGUCUCAAAUGUCUCAAGGCUUAAAAAUCCUUCUUUAACCUGCCUCCUCCCCUUCAUCUACUUUGAUUGAAGUGGAUUUAACAAGUGACAUCAAUAAGGGAUCAUAGCUUUCACCUGGAUUCACCUGGUCAGUCUAUUUCAUGGGAAGAUACAUUUUGUACACUCAGUGUAUUUAUUCUUCUUUCUUUCUUUCUUUCUUUCUUUCUUUCUUUCUUUCUUUCUUUCUUUCUUUCUUUCUUUCUUUCUUUCUUUCUUUCUUUCUUUCUUUCUUUCUUUCUUUCUUUCUUUCUUUCUGUUCCUUCUUCUUUUUUGUGUGUAUUCUUAUUGGUACUAAAAUGCUAUUGAACACAGUUGACAAGCCUUGACUGGCUGCCGGUGUGUGUCUACAGGCCCAGUGUGUCAUAUUUAUAGUCAUAUCAAUGUCAUAUAAUCUAUAUGUGUGUGUCUCUUUCCAGGUGCAGCGGUGGCAGGGGUGUACCGUGUGGCAGGGAAGGACAUGGCCCCCCUCCAGGCCCUGGUGUUUGGAGUGGGCCAGACCACACUCUCUGUAGUCAUCUCCUUCUCACGUAUACUGGCCACUCUCUGA